UGUGGCUUGGUGACAGGAACAGCGUUCCAACCGAUGCUGGCUCCCCAUUGGCUGUCCACGACACAACUCGCCUCCAAGAGGAGGUAGGUACAAAGGCUCCUCAGCACGUGCUCCGCGCUCCGCGCUCCGCACGUGGUGACCCAGCCCCACGGAAGGGCCACCCGGACUGAGUGCGAGACCCAGGAGUGAAGAAGGCCUGCUGCAGAGACCACCUGCUCCCUCAGUCGCUGCUCAGUGGCCCACCUCGGGCCUCCCCUCGGAGUGCAGCAUCUCCAUUCUGGAAGCGCAUUUCCACCUCCAAUUGAUUCAUUUGGCGUUUGGAAUCCAUCCCCUGCGCCUCUUGCCAGGAUCCUAACCUGGUGCUGGGAAACUCGGCUCUAAAGAAUUCGGAUUGAGAUCCGCCCUAAGAGGGCGAGUCCAGGUUGAAUCCCAGAGGGACCAUGUUCUACUAUCCCAGCGUGCUUCAGCGCCACACCGGCUGCUUCGCCACCAUCUGGCUAGCAGCGACGCGCGGCUGCCGGUUGGUGAAACGCGAAUACCUGAAAGUGAAUGUGGUGAAGACCUGGGCGCCUCAUUCCCGCAGCGAGGAAAUCCUCAACUACGUCCUGGUACGAGUGCAACCGCCGAUGCCGGGCCUGCCCAGGCCCCGCUUCUCUCUGUAUCUCUCUGCCCAGCUCCAGAUAGGCAUCAUUCGGGUCUACUUCCAACAAUGCCAGUACCUUGUGGAGGACAUCCAGCACAUCCUGGAGCGCUUGCACCGGGCUCAGCUGCAGAUCCGCAUCGAUAUGGUAGAGGCUGAGCUACCCAGCCUGCUGCUUCCCAGCCACCUGGCCAUGAUGGAGGCCCUGGAAGAUGCUCCAGACCCCUUUUUCGGGAUGAUGUCUGUGGAUCCUACACUUCCCAGUCCUUUUCAUAUUCCUCAGAUUCGACGUCUUUUAGAGGCUGCAACCCCAGAGAGAGUUCCUGAGGUGAUACCUCCUGAAGUUCCUACAGAGCCCAAGAAGCCAGAAAGGCCCUUGGUCACUGUGCUGCCUCCUGAGGUCAUCACACUCCGGGAGGUGGAGCCCAUACGCAUGCUGCGGAUUGAGGGUGAACAGGAACUCCCAGAGGUCAGCCGACGAGACUUGGAACUGCUGAUCGCAGAGGAAGAUGAAGCUAUCUUGGUAGAGGAAUAUCGGAAAGUCAGGCCUCCCCGGAAGCCUACACUGGAUGAGUACAAGGAAGAACUCCGGGCCCUGGAGGGUGACAUUGUAGUCCCCUCAAUAUCACCUCCAGCUCCUGCACAGAUAGAGCCACUUCCUGGUCUGGUCCUGGCCCCUGAAGAGCUGAAACUGGAAGGCUGGGAGCCUAGUGCCCUAAUCACUGAGGUGACUCCCCCGCCAGAGCUGCGUCUGCCAGCCCCGCCGAGUCCAGAGAGGCCGCCCCCAACUCCUGGGCGCCCACCACCUCCACGCCGCCGCCGCCGCCGCCGCCAGCUACUGUUCUGGGACAAGGAAACACAGAUCUCCCGGGAGAAAUUCCAGGAACAACUGCAAACCAGAGCCCACUGCUGGGAGUGUCCAAUGGUCCAGCCUCCUUCGAAGACAAUUACAAGCCCUGUGGAGCUGUUCAGAACCCCAGCUCUCUCUGGCUGGCUACCCCCAGAACUACUGGAUUUCUGGACCCAUUGUGCCCAGAUUCCCCGAAGAGUGCUUAGACCAUCCCUAGAAGCUGAAGAGGAGGCUGCUGCAAGGGAGGCAGCAGCUGAGGAGGAAAGGAGAAAGACUGAAACUCCGAGUGAAAUUGAGGUCCUCAGAGAGGCCCAGGAGCCUAGUGGUCCCCUCAUGCUGUCUUCAGAGCUCUCUCUAGAAGCAGCUGAAGAGGAGAAGUCCCGAAUCAGCCUUGCCCUACCAGAAGAAAGGUGGGCCUGGCCUGAGACAGAGCAGCCAGAGCCCCCUGUAUUGCCAGUGGUGCCUGAACUCCCUGAGGUGCCCAUGGAGCUACCCUUGGAGCUGCCCCUCGAGCCCGAGCUCCUCUCACUGGAGGCCGUGCACAGGGCGGUGGCACUGGAGCUCCAGGCCAACAGGGAGCCCGACUUCAGCAGCCUCGUGUCUCCUCUCAGCCCUCGCAGGAUGGCUGCCAGGGUCUUCUACCUGCUCUUGGUGCUCUCAGCACAGCAGAUUUUUCUUGUGGAACAAGAGGAGCCAUAUGGGCGCCUCCUGAUUCGGCCUGGGCCCAGAUUCCACUGUGGAUAGAGCCUGUGUACAAGGCUGCUAAGAAACUGGCUUCAUUAAACCAUGUCCUGUCUCA